AGAAAACAUCAACAUAUCACUAUUCAUUAAUUUAGCAGCUGAUGGAGCCAGAAACUGAAAAAGAUGUUUUCAAACAACCAUAGACCUGCUUCUUUCUUUGGGACACGCCAGGUUUAACAGUUGACUUCUACGUAGAGAUCAGAGAAGGUGAAGAUGACAGGCAGGUGGUUGCAGAGAUCAUGGCAAGGAGUUUUAUUCCAACUCAGAUAACGACUGUUUCUUGGGAAGGCUUUCACUUCGCUGGUCAUGAGAUUCGGAUUACGGAAGCCAAAGAUUGUUACGGUGCUGUUGUCUGGCCCUCGGCCCUUGUUCUCUGCUAUUUCCUGGAAACACAUGCCAAGCAAUAUAACAUGGUUGAUAAAAAUGUGAUUGAAAUUGGAGCUGGGACAGGUCUUGUCUCCAUUGUGGCAAGUUUACUUGGCGCUCGAGUGACUGCUACAGACUUACCCGAAUUACUUGGAAACCUGCAAUAUAAUAUCUCCAGAAACACCAAAAUGAAAUGCAAGCAUUCGCCCCAGGUUAAGGAGCUGUCCUGGGGAGUGGCAUUAGACAGGGACUUCCCCAGGUCUGCCACUAACUUUGACUACAUCCUGGCAGCAGAUGUUGUCUACGCCCAUCCUUUCCUGGAGGAGCUUCUCCUGACCUUUGAUCAUCUCUGCAGAGAAAGCACCAUCAUCCUCUGGGCCAUGAGAUUCAGGCUGGAGAAGGAAAAUAGAUUUGUAGAUAGAUUUAAGGAACUGUUCGACCUCGAGGAACUCUCCAGUUUCCCUAGCCUGAAUAUUAAGUUGUACAAAGCUAUGAAGAAGAAUCGGAGGAGUGCAUAGUGCGUACGGUCUGUGAAUUAGGGCAUGGGUAUGCCAAGGUGGUUUCUAGUAGAUCCUUGCUUUAAAGAAAACACACACGCGCACACACACCACUAUAAGAAUACAAGUUAAGUCUAAACUUGCCUUAUUAUAGGCAAGGAAUUUUAUACACACACACACACACACACAGUAGGUGUAUCUAUAGGACUAAGACAAUUUGUUCCCAAGUCUAUCUCCUCAGUACUCUAAUUACAUGGUAACAAACUUUCAGUAAAAGUGUCCUCAUUGCAAAACAGCGAUUUUCAAUAAUGAUGUCUCUAACUGAAUGUGAUGACUUUAUUUCUUUUUGAAAUGUAUCUUAGAUUGGCCUUGAACUUGCAGCCUCCUGAGAGCUAGCAUUCCAGGUAUGUACCCCAUACCCAUCCAUGACGUUAAUCCUUUUAAAUAUAGGCGUAAAUGAUUAUAUUUUUAGACAUCAAGAAACUGACAUAGUGCGAUGUGCAUGUAAAUUUAAAAGAGCAGAUAUAUGAUAUAUAUAUAUAUAUGAUAUAUAUGAUAUAUGUAUGAUAAAAGAGCGGUCAGUGCUAGAUGUCUGUGCUUCCCACCAGUGCCAGUUUAGAGGGGGACUGUCAUGUCCCUUGGAUGUUUGGACCUCUAAUGUAACUAUUGAAUCAACCAAGCAUGUGUAACAUUUCCCUCUAACAGAUAAAAAAUAUGACUGGAAGAACAUAAGAAUGUCUGAGAUUAUUGUUUGUU